AAAUAAGACUAAGAUUUUGUGUCUGUCAUCCUAACCACAAAUUCAUAGUCCGUCACUGGCUAACAACAAAUCACAAGAGUAUUCAAACAAUUUUUCUUCUUUUCAUUUUCACGCAAAAAAGUUGCGAAUUUGUAUUGAAUUCAUAUUAAAAGAAGCGAAUAGAUUAGAAAAUGUCAAUUUUAGCAUACAAUGGUGGCUGUGUUGUGGCAAUGCGAGGCAAGGAUUGUGUGGCCAUCGGCAGUGAUUUGCGUUUUGGCGUUCAAGCGCAAACAAUAACCACAGAUUUUGAAAAAGUGUUUCAAUUCAAUCCGCAUAUGUUUCUCGGUUUGGUUGGUUUGCAAUCGGAUAUUUUGACGGUACACGAUCGUCUAUUGUUCCGCAAAAAUUUGUACGAAGUUCGUGAAAAUCGUGCAAUUACACCAAAACGAUUUGGAGCAAUGCUGUCGAGUUUCCUGUAUGAACGUCGUUUUGGUCCAUAUUUCAUUGAACCGGUGAUUGCUGGACUCGAUCCGAAAACAUUCGAACCAUUCAUUUGUAAUAUGGAUUUAAUUGGUUGCCCAAAUAAUCCGGACGAUUUUGUUGUGGCCGGAACUUGUUCGGAACAAUUGUAUGGUAUGUGCGAAACACUGUGGCGUCCUGAUAUGGAACCAACUCAACUAUUUGAAUGCAUUUCACAAGCCAUGGUUAAUGCAUUCGAUCGUGAUGCUAUUUCGGGUUGGGGUGCCGUUGUCUACAUCAUCGAAAAGGACAAAAUCACAAAGAAAGUCUUGAAGACACGACAAGAUUAGGCGAGGAAAAAAUUACACCGUAUUUUUUUGCAAAAAAAAACCAACAUCAUAAUUUUGUCAUUUAUUUUGGUUUAAAACUAUGGAAUAAAUAAAAUAAUCUUAUUAAUGAAAUUAAAAA